CUGUCUUCGCAUCGGUAGGAAAACCUUAGUGAAUAGUGAAUACAAGGCUGAUACGCCGGUGAACUGCUAUUUAAUAGAACGAAAAAGAAAGCUGAAACGUGCACAUACAUACAUUGAUCAUCAUAAUUCUAAAUUGAAGCCUGACGAUCGGACACAUUUAUUUUGAUUUGUUUAUUUUAACUAAAAGUUAUACUUUAUACGCAUUAUUCAAGAUUUAUCAAAAUUUAUUUAUCAGAUUUUAUAAUUAAAAAAAUAGUAAACAUGCAGGAACUGCAAUUAUCUAACCAUUUUGAUAAUGAAAUGGGAUUGGAAUUAUCUGAUGGUUUUCAUUGUAAAGUGCUGGAUAUAUUCAGCACAGAGGUCAGUAUUUACUUAUAUAGAAAUGUUGAUAAUAUGCCAGAAAUACACAGAAAACUUGUAAGCAAAGAACUUUCAUGCUGUAUUGUGAAAGCUAACUUGGUGCUUGAACCUCUCCACGUCUCUACUGCUGUAGAUAGAGCAGUAUUAAAUCAAAUGAAUGGACUAAUGUUCACAAGAAAUUUGAAUACAGAAAUCAUUUAUUAUUUAUCAGCCUCUAAAAAUAUUUUGGAAGGAAUACAAAAUUUUGGAGUUUCUGAUGAUACAAGGGAUGUUUUAAUUAUUAUAAUAUAUACUUCAGAGGAGAAAGAGGCUGUAACCCGCUAUAUUUUAAGCAGUAUAAAGGGAGAAAGGAUACCAAUAGAUAGACUUUAUGAAUUUUCUGAUAUAGAAUUAAUGAAAGAGCUGUAUAACAUAGAUACAGAUGAAUUGAGGGACGUUGAAUUAGAAGACGCUAUUAUAAGUAGAAUAGGUGGGUAUAAGCCUAAAACUCGCCAAUUCGUUUUGCCAAUGAUCCAGAAUACAAUGAUAUCCAAUGACUUAGAAAGUUAAAAUGUUUGAAUGGUAUAUAAAAUAUGGUGAUUUUGUACAAAUAAAAUUAUUUUCAAAUUGA